UCCCUUCUUUCUCAGACAGGGCUGGUGUUGGUUUCCAUCACACCGGGCUGCCUUCUCGCCUCUGCUCCUCGUCAGGGUUUUGUUUUUUCUUUCCUGCUGACUGCUGCGCGCCGUCCUAGAUGUGAACAUGUCGGGAAUUAAUGGCGACCAGCUGCACCGCUCCACCUUGGGGAUUUACCGGAGUCUCACUGACGAGUUCAACCCCAGUCUACAGAAACUGGUUUCGCUGGGAAACAGCUAUGCCCAUGCCUUCAAAGACCUUGUUGUCAGCAGCGAGGCUUACUUCAUGGCGCUUUCAGAGAUCGGACAGAAAGCUUUCUACACCACGUCGUCCCGCUCCCUGGGAGAUGUCCUGAUCCAGAUCGCCGACAACCAGCGGAGACUCGCCUUGGAGCUGGAGGGAGUGUUCCGCAACUUCAGUUUGGAAGUCCUGCAGGUGAUGGAGAACAGCGUCCAGCUGGACAUCGACUACAUCUCACACAGCAGGGCGACGUACGAGAGGGAAGUCCACAAGCAGGCGGCGGCGGCUCAGCAGAGGCAGCGGAGAGGAGGAACCGGCCAGGAGUACCUGCAGUUUCUGAAGGAGAGCCACCAGGAGGCGCUGCAGGAGGAGGAGCGGCGGUACCGCUUCCUGGCUGAGAAGCACUGCGGCCUCGUACAGUCGAUCGGCCUCCUCCUGAACAAGACAUCAGGGCCUCUCCUGCAGAAAGCCGAUGUCUGGACAGAGGAGGUCGACGCCACCAGGCGACCUGAGGCCCAGCGACCCGCUGCCGUGGAUAACCCUGGAGGGAUGAGGGCGGAGGACAUCCGACAGAUCCGAGAGGAGAUGACUCUGGGCAAGGUACCGUCAAGGGCGCCGUCCCCGGUGGGAAGCGUUUAUCGCUCCAGAGGUGGCGGCGGCGGCGGCGGAGCUGUGUCCAUGAGGGCCAAGGCGGCGCACCAGCCCUCUAGCUCCAACCCCACCCUGCUGCCCUUCUCCAGGGGGCAGGUCAUCACCGUGAAGGCCCGGCAGCCCAGGAACGGCUGGCUCUACGGAUACGCCGAGAACGGCUCAGGUCAGGGAUGGUUUCCAGCCUCCUAUGUGGAAGAACUUGAUGAUCCUCCGAUGUCGCCCAGCUCCUGGAACUACACUCUUCGAAGCAGCAGCAGCAUGAGCGACCUGCUGGACCAACCAGGGGUGAGCAGCAGCAGGACCAGCAGUGCCAUGAGCAGCGUGUUCGACCUGCCAAAACCCAGCAGCAGCAGCAGCAUCAGCAGCAGGAGUGGAGCCCCGCCUCCUCCGCCUCCUCCACCUACGCAAUCCUCAUCUAAAUCGCAGUCAGGGAGACCGCAGAACGAACUCUUCCCGAGGGGCACCAAUCCGUUCGCCACGGUUAAGCUGAAGCCCACUCACACCAACGACAGAUCUGCUCCGAUACUGUACCGGAGAUGACUCCUCGACGAGGGAAGAGGCGUUUCCGUUUAGUUUGACAGGUGGAUGAUCGGUGAUGGCUGUUUUAUUGAACCACAGUACUUAUCUGUGUGCCAUAAUGCCUUUUAACCAAAAAAACAAAACAAAACAAAAAAACACCAUAUUUGUUCUUUUUCUUACAUUCGUAUUCUUUCCUGCAGAUUAUCGUGACCCGUUUUCAAACUUGCAUUAAUUUAACCAGAUCGUAGAUCAACUUUCUGGAUGUUUUCUUGACAAUUAUCAUCAUGUGAACGAGUGAAGCAGUUAGUCUUUUAACAUUUUAAUACCUCAUGUGUUUUUUUUGGUUUUUUACAAUUUUUUUUUAUUGUUACAAGCACAAACUUGAAUGUGUUUGUUUUGGAUUUUAUGUGUAAGAGCACACUUUGUAAUUUUUUUUGGGUGUGGGGGAUUGUUCUCAUCGGACAGACGUGACGUGGACUUAAAAUGCUGCAUCGUCUGCGAACAUCAGUUUUAAAAUCUAGGUUUGGACUUUAACUAGGCCACUUAAACAAUAUACUUUGGUCCAAACAAGAGGUUCCUCAAACAGCAUGAGCUCCUGGCCGGGGACUCCUUUUAAAAACCCACAGACAUUGCUAUAACAUUAGUAAAGAAACAUUGAAUUUAACUUCCCCCCCCCCCUAAUUUUUAUUCAGUAAUUAUUACAUUCUUUUAGCAUGAAUGCUGCCUCUUUGUCUUCUGAUUUUAGUUGGCAAUGAAGUUUUUCACCACAAUUGUGAUAAAAGAAACGUAAUACUUUUAUAUCAAUCCUAUCAAAUUUUUAUUAUUCUCCAUGGUUUAGUUUUUGGACGGUUCCUUCUGUCUUUUUUUUUUCUUCUUUUUUUCUUUUGUCCAAUUAAAGGAACGGCUGUCAAUUCCCCCCCCCCCCCCUCAUUUUAAAAACUUUUCUACACCUUCUGGCGUGUUUCUCGGUCUUCCUCGAUGUUCUCCAACCUACUAAUUGGGCAACAUUUGGGUUCUGUUCAGCAGAAUAAUGAAAUAAUUGUCACAGUUUGACACAAAGACCAUGAACUGUCGCAUAAAGUUGUAGAAAAAUACAUAGUUUGUGGUUUCAAAAUGACAAAACAUGAAAAGAAAACAAAAAACAAUCCGAUUUUGGGAAUCAGAUCAACAACAUUUUGAUAUGCGUUCAAAUGUAUUUAGGUGUAAAUAAUUUAUUCCUGAUUUUUUUUUUUUUCGUGAAUCUCUACAGCUCCAUUUAUAUCCGUAUGUCCUGAUGAGAUUAUAGUUCUGUUGCUAAAUAUUAAAGGUGCCGCGAAUGUACUUCUAGAAAAUAAUGGAACCCGAGGCAGAUCGUGUAAAACUCUGGUGUUAUGAAUAAUGCUGUGUAUUAAAGGGUUAGGAUAACGUCACGCCAUCUCUCUGGGAUGAUCACUGAUUUGAAAUUCAAGCGCAUUACGUCCAAAUAUCACGUUUUCCUCACUGCUGCUUUCUGGGAAUAUUAAUAAAUCCUGCUGCAUUUGUUGUCUUUCUCUAAUGAAGCAAACUAAUGGGAGUUUAAUGUAGCGCAGCGGGAGGUUUUCAUCACUGUUUAAGAAACAAGCUCUCAUUUUUGUUGUCCCAGUUGUCAAUGGCUCCCCGUUUAACGGAGCGCUGGAGCAAGUAGGGAAUUUAUUGAUAGUCGGUACGGUUCAGAUCUUUUUGCUCAGGCACCGCAAUGGCCUACUAAAAAAGAAAACGAUCCAAGAUUCCUGCGGUUCUUAUUUGGGUUCUCCACUGGGCAUACUUAACCUAAAUUGAACCUUAGUGUGAAUCCAGUUGUGCUAAUGGUUUGACAGCAGCCUGGCUCUUCUGAGGAAAGACUCCGGCUACUUGGGAUGUUGUGGAGUUUUUAUCUCGUCCUCAGCGGAGAAUAUACAUUCAUAAAUCGGGACUUCUUCACGGAUUGCCUGAGCGGCUUGUUCAUCGGGAGUCUUUUGCUAAUGAGGGCCAAUAAGGUGGCACCUAUGACCCGCCUCAGUGCGCUUCUUGUUGUGCUUCUUAAGGAAGGAGGUGAAAGAAAACCAGAAACAAGUCAACACAGACUCGCAUGUGAGAGCUAAUUUUGAGCUUUUAAUGAUUAGUCGAUGUUUUCGGCACAAAAUGGCUAGAUGGCAAACAAGUUAAAUGACUUUGAAGGUGAAUUUGGGGCACAAGUUUGAAUUUAUUCAGUGUUUUCUCUGUAUGGAGUCCAAAUAAGCUCCAAAAUAUAAACAACACCUUUAAAAAUAUAUGGCUAAAUAUUGGUGAGCAAGUCACGUUUGGCGUAAUUCUAGCUGGAUAUUUGCCUUAUCUGGUUGCAGAAUUAACUAGAAUUAACUAGGCCUGUUGUAUUUUUUUUUUAAGUUCACUCCAAAUAUUUUCAAAAAUGUUGAGAGAAAUCUGAAUUUAGAUCCUGCUGGCAUUUUAUGUGAUCUUCAAACAAAAAAUUGGACAAAACGAUCCGAAACGAUCCAAGAAUCAAAAAGCCUGUCAUGGAGUACCAGCUCUUUUUUGUUUUUUUUAAUUUAUUUUGUUGUUUUUUUUUCCAGUCACUUCUAAAUCUUUGAACUUAAUCUCAAAUCAGCAGCUGUACGGCUGAUUCAGGUUGUUCAAACAAGACAUAUGGACAUUUUUGAGCUUGUGUGAAUUGGAGAAAAUCUUGUUUGCCCAAACGUUGAUUUUAGUCAUUUUUAAAGUUCUGUACGACAUUAUUUCCAAUGUUGACUGAGUGUAAAAUCUUGAACUGUAGAUUGAAAGUAAAAGAAAUAAACCCAGCAUAUCAGAA